AUGAUUAGAAGCUAUUGGAAAGCCUCUGAUAAAUAUAAGAAAUACCUUAAUUGCAACCUCGCAAGUAUCAAGAAGUGCUCCAGAGUCAAUAUUCCACAAUUGAACCUGUUGUGGACUACAGAAACGAGCUUGUAUUAUUCAUAUCCAUUAGAAUUACACUUUCUUUGUAUUUAUAGACAUUUCUAUUGCAAAUCCUAG